CAUUGCGAAUCACAUUGGCCGUGAAGGCUUGCUUCGCAUGCACUGAGCUGCAUCAUGUUCAUGGGCUUUUGUCAGAUUUUAUUUAUAUGUCAAGUGAUAAGUAUACGUAAACAUAAAGCUAUAUUGAAUUGUUUACCUUCUUGAUUAAGUGUAAAUUUUAGGCUGGAUUAUAAUUGUUGAAGACAUGCCCAAAGGAAAACGAAAGGGGAAGUCAGGGUCCACUCCGAAGCUACGGCCAGACGCUGUUGGCGUAACAUCAGAUGAAGAUUCACUAAAUGAUAAUGCAAGUGUCAUCAGUCUCGCCUCAGAAAAUCGUAGCAUAGUCGAAGAAGGAGAUGAAAUUGAUGAGCAGACACAAGAAGAAAUAUUUGAAGAAAAAUUAGGAGAAGCCAUUGAUGGUUUAAAUCAAAAAUCGGCUCAGGGACGAACAGCUUCCCUUGAAUCAGUUGCAAAAGCAUUCAUUAAAAAAUGUGUACCUGAAUAUGUAAUUGACAGGCGCUUCACAUUGACUGAUAGUGUGGAACGUAGCCUAAAGAAGGGCCGGAGUGCGGAACAGGCAGCUGCAGCACAGUUGGCACCACUUCUUUGUGUACAAUUGGGUGCUGGGGAGCAUUCAGAAGAAGUUUGUCGAGAGUUAUCACCAACGUUAACUGUUGUUGCUCACGACAACUCCGCUUCUCCAUUAGCUAGAGCAAAAUGCUGCUGGGCUCUUGCCAUGUGCAGUUUUCUCUCAGGUGGAGAAAUGAAUGAUAUAGUGCAACUGAUGCGUUCUAUGGAAACAAUAUACAGUGCUUCCUAUCUCAAGGGCAAUGGCACAGUACCAGUAGUAUCAGCUGAAGUGGCUGCUUUACAUGCAGCAGCUAUUUCUUCAUGGAGCCUUCUUUUGACUUUAAUGUCACCAGGAGAUGUGUAUAUGUUGUUAUCAGACACUGAUACAACAUUUUCACCGCAACUUUGGCAGCUAGCUGAACUCUUAGAAUCUGCACACUUAGAUGUGCGUAUGGCGGCAGGUGAAGCAAUGGCUCUUGUGUUUGAGAUGGGACGCACUCAUUCCAUAGACUUCCAAGAAGCUGCCACACCUCAGCUUAUUGAACGUUUGCGAGAAUUGGCAACAGAUUCCCAUAAAUAUAGAGCAAAAAAGGAUCGUAAGACCCAGCGUUCAAGUUUCAGAGACAUUCUGCAUUAUGUGGAGGAUGGUGAUCCACCAGAUAUACAAGUGAGAUUUGGUCAAGAGGUGUUAGCAUUAGACUCCUGGUGCAGGAAAAAGCAAUAUGAUGCUUUCUGCCAGGUUUUAGGGUCUGGCAUGAAUCUUCAUUUGACAGAAAAUGAUCUUGUUAGAGAGAUAUUUGAACUCGGAGAAAGGAUAUCACCUCUUAAUGCAGCACUUCACAAGCAGACAAAGUUAGAAAGGCAUUUGAUGAAUGCAGCAGCGUUUAAAGCUAGGACUAUUUCGAGGAGUAAAAACAGAGAUAAACGUUCCUCUGUAAUGGCAUGUUGAUGGCUGUAAUACGCUUACCAAAAUAAAUUUUCAUAGGGGAUGUACAACCAUGUUCUUCCGUAAACACAGCAGAAUUACCUUGCAUUAUGAAGUGGUAAACUACAGGAAAUAAUUUAUUGCUGAACUCGUUUCUUAUGAUAACACAGAUGUUGCAUUUUAAUAGUUUUGGUAUUAUACUUUGAUGACAGAAAUAUUAAUGGUGCUAGACAAUGACUGCUGUAAUUCUUUUUCUUUGGGCACGAGUCUUCAUUUUAGAAGUGAUUUUUACAAUUUAAGAAUGUUUGAAGUUGUUUUGAAAUGUAUCCAGAAUCAUAUAUGUAUAGUAAGCAUUAGGAACAUUGUCAAUGUAGAUAAAUUGUAAACUUUUUAUUGUUGUGGAUUGUGGCUGUUCUGUGGUUGUAAUUGUCUCGUGAGCUGGUUGAUGAUUUCCACUGAAUUACAUUCUCAAGACUAGACUGUACAGUAUGAAUUGCUUACAUGUUAAGCAACCUGGAAUAUCUAAUACUCUGAACUUUUUUGUGGUGAGAGAAUUUUAUCUUCCUUGUAUUAUCUUAUUGACAAAACAUUCAUUAUUCUUCAUUUUGCUGUUAGAGGAGGCAAGACAGGUCCCUGAAACUCCGUGGAUAUGUCUCAGAAAAAAUUCAUUCUUUCCAUUAACUUCUGUCAUAAUAUAUGUGACAGACUAUGAAAAUUGGGAGAUUAAUGCAUUCCAGAUUGAAAUAAAUACUGUACUGUGGGAAGAUUGUGAAUGUUGAACACAAGUAAUUUAUUUUGUAGACUGGUUUAGUUGAGGUAUUUACAGUAUUCACUGUUGAAGUGAUAAAUAUUACGUGCUUAGCAGCUUCGUUUUAUGCAAGUGUGUCAAUGAUCAGUGUAUAAAAUGCAUUUACUUCAUCACUGACUUCCCCCCCCUUCCCCCAUUUUUUUUUAGUAAAAAGCGGAAAUGUUUGACAGUAAAGAAACAAAUACAUUGAAACUGAUUGGAUUUCUAAUGGAUAGGAUUAAACAAAUUUAAGAAAUGCAAGAUAUACUGUAUUUUCAUAACACUUGUUUUCUGCAGUCGGAGGUUACUGUUCCAGACAAAAACUUUCAGCCAGGUUAAUUUUACUAACAUUUGUAAUGUAAAGAGUAUAUUUGAUAUUUCAAAUGGUCUGUUGUGAUUUUUAUAAAUGUAAUAACUUAACCACAAAACUUUACAGAAAAUAAAUUGAAAGAUAUUUCAUUGAAGCAAAUCAAGCAUAUUUGUUUUACCAGUUUCAAGCAAUGAACAUAAUGGUAUCACAUCUUAUGGAAGCUGAAGUCAUGUUGGCAGAAUGGCUUCAUAUGCUUGUAUUUAUUAUCACAAUGAAAAUGAGUCAUAUUUGUUUUACAAAGAAAGGCAAGGAGCCUGCUUCUCAUGUUAGUUGUACUGUGUUGUUCUGUUAUCAAUGCAAAGUAAUUGUACUAGUCCAUUUAUAUAAAAACCAUUUUUGUACAGGUGGUAGAUAUUUGGAAUAACUUCUCAAGAGACAACAGUUUUGAACCUAAGUCAUUGUAUUUAACAAAAGUUUGGCUGAAUGUUCUUCCACUAUUUUGUUUUGGAAUUGUGUAGGCUUUGCUUGUCCUUUGUAAACAUAAUAAUUUUAUUAGCCCUUUUGAUGGUAUUUUCAAAUUAUUAACUUUGUUACAACUCCUUGACAGAAAUCUCCUAAGGAAACAACCCACAGAUAAAUUGUGAGAUUCUGCUCUGUCUCAAUAUCUAAAAAGGUAGUGUCUCUUUCGUAAAAUGUAUAUAAUAGAAAACGAAACAUGGGUAACAUUGUGUACAGAUUCGCUAGAGUUGGGUUGUGUUCAUUUUACAUGUUAUUGUUCUGUUUUAUAUAAUACCAUUAGUUAAUGGUAACACAUAAUUUAUUGUUGGCUUAAUUCCACGGAAUAUAUUGUGUACAGUCAAAUUUUAGUUCCUGAAACAUGUACUGAAUGUUCCACAUUUGUUCCAAGCAGACAAAUGGAAUCUGUUAAGUGUGGUUGUAUAUUUACAUUAAAUGCUAUUAUAUUGUACAUUUACAUUAAAUGUUGUACAAUCAGUAAAUGAAUAAAUUGUUUCAGGAUU